GGCGGAAGUGGCGUUCAGUAGUAAGGGCUUAACAUGGGCAGCUGCGUUAAGGAAUAUCUGAUAAUAGACAGCAAAGGGCUAAAGGUUUUGGGUUUCGUUUUAAACGUCGGAUCUUUUUAGGUACCAGGAGACACCCUGCAACACAUUUCCAGGCUAAGGCGUUGCCUUUUGAGCAAAUAUUGCUUCGUCUUAUUGGUCUUUUGUAUGGCUAUGUAAAACUAGCUCGUUGGCUAUACGUCAUUUGAGCAGGUACUACUCUGUUAGCUUAGCUUUGCAUUGGAAUUUCUUAGCUGGUUUGAUAACUACAGUAGCUAAAAUUAACCAAGUUGGUGUCUAGGGCCAUUUACGUUUCGCUCCUUGAGGUUUGCGUGUUAGAGUUUAUUUAUGCUACUUAGGAUAGUGUGGCUCCACUGUAGCUGAAUGUUAGGUGAUAGAAAAAGCAGUAGCUACAGCUAGCAGGUUGUUAGCUUGUCAACAUCAACAAUGGGCAAUAAGAGGCAUCUAAAGACGACAAGGACGCUUUGUUUUUUGGCAAUUCUCAUCCUCGUCAUCGUCAAAGGAUCAGCAGCUGAUGAAGAACAACCAGGGGACGACGGAGCAGAGUUAAAGUCUUACCACGAUCCCGAGUCUGAAGAGGAAGAUGUUCGCAUGACAUCAGGAACUGUGACCUCAGGUCACGAUGUCUCCCAACCAGAGGAGGAGAAGCAAUCGCCUGGGGAUGGACUGGAGGGCGAGGAGAAAGAGGAUCUACCUAAUCAGCCUCCCCCUAUUGAGGAGAAACCUAAAGAAGUUCCUGUGGUGAAUGGAGGUACGGCCCAUGGAGAGCCCUGCAUCUUCCCCUUCCUCUUCCAGGGUGUGGAGUACUUGGAGUGUACCACAGAUGGACGGGGGGAUGGACGGCUAUGGUGUGCUACAACCUAUGAUUAUGACCAGGACAAGAAGUGGGGUUUCUGUGAGACGGAGGAGCAGGCACAGCAGAGGCUGCAGGCUGAGGAGGCAGAGGAGCAGUAUCAGACUGUCCUACGCAUGCUCAAUGCCACCACCAGGAAGACUCAGAAAAAAGAAUUGUAUGAAAAGCUGCUGAAAGUAGCAGAGAAAGGCCACCAGAAAGCCACAGAGAAGGUGGCAUAUGCCAUGCUGUUUGGAGACUACAUGAACCAGAAUGUCACCAGGGCCAAGGAAAUGUUUGAGAAGCUUGCCAUAGAGGGCUCUCCUAAAGCUCAGACGGCUCUUGGUUUUCUGUACGCAGCAGGACUUGGAGUUAACUCAAGUCAAGCUAAGGCCUUGGUUUACUACACUUUUGGUGCACUCGGUGGAAACUUGGUAGCUCACAUGAUUCUGGGAUACAGAUACUGGGGAGGUGUGGGUGUUCCCCAAAGCUGUGAAUCAGCACUAACACAUUACAGGCUUGUGGCAAAUCAGGUCGCCAGUGACGUGUCCCUGACGGGAGGCUCAGCGGUGCAGAAGAUCCGGCUGCUGGAUGAGGUGGAGAACCCAGGCUCCACCAGUGGGAUGUUGGAGGAGGACCUCAUCCAGUACUACCAGUUUCUAGCUGAGAAAGGAGAUGUGCAAGCUCAGGUGGGACUAGGUCAGCUUCACCUGCACGGAGGACGUGGAGUAGAACAGAAUCACCAGAGGGCGUAUGACUACUUCACCCAGGCUGCAAAUGCAGGGAAUACACAUGCUAUGGCUUUCCUUGGCAAGAUGUAUUCAGAAGGCAGCGAGUUCAUCCCUCAGAACAACGAGACUGCCCUGCAGUACUUCAAGAAGGCCUCUGACUUAGGUAAUCCAGUGGGACAAAGUGGUCUUGGCAUGGCCUACCUGUAUGGAAGAGGUGUCCCGGUGAACUAUGAGCUGGCACUGAAAUACUUCCAGAAGGCAGCAGAGCAGGGCUGGGUGGACGGACAGCUCCAGCUGGGCACCAUGUAUUACAACGGCAUCGGCGUGAAGCGUGAUUACAAACAGGCCCUUAAAUUCUUCAACUUGGCCUCACAAGCCGGCCACAUCCUGGCCUUCUACAACUUGGCUCAGAUGCAUGCUACCGGUACUGGCGUGAUGCGCUCCUGCCACACUGCUGUAGAGCUUUUCAAGAACGUGUGUGAGCGCGGUCGCUGGUCGGAGCGUCUGAUGACGGCCUACGUCAGCUUCAAGGAGGGAGAGACGGACGCUGCACUGGUUCAGUAUCUGCUGCUGGCCGAGCAGGGCUACGAGGUGGCUCAGAGCAAUGUGGCCUUCAUCCUGGACCAGAAAGGCGCAAACAUCUUCAGUGAGAAUGAGACGUACCCUCGUGCUUUGCUCCACUGGACAAGAGCUGCAGCGCAAGGCUACACUGUGGCAAGGAUAAAGCUCGGAGACUAUCACUUCUACGGCUACGGAACUGAUGUGGACUAUGAGACUGCGGUCAUUCACUACAGACUGGCGUCGGAGCAGCAGCACAGCGCCCAGGCCAUGUUUAACUUGGGUUACAUGCAUGAGAAAGGCCUGGGAAUCAAACAGGACAUACAUUUAGCCAAACGUUUCUACGACAUGGCUGCUGAAGCCAGCCCCGACGCCCAGGUCCCAGUUUUCCUGGCCUUGUGCAAGCUGGGUCUAGUUUACACUCUGCAGUACCUGCAAGAUCUUAAUUUGAAGGAGUUGGUUACUCAGGUGGACCUGGACCAACUUCUGGGCCCGGAGUGGGACCUCUACCUCAUGACUGUCAUCGCCCUGCUGCUGGGCACCAUCAUCGCCUACCGACAGCGCCAACACCAAAUCAUAGUGCCACCUCGACCACCUGCCCCCGCCCCAGCCCCUGCUCCCGCCCCGGCGCCAGCGCCCCCUCCCACUCCACCUCAAGAAGAACCCUCGGCCCAGGCUGAGCCUCAGGCUCAGGAAGAGACACCGGCCCUGGAGGAAGAGGAGGGGGAGGAGGAGCAGCAGUGAGAGGACGCCAGAGUAAAGAGGACCAUAAGAGACAGACGAGCGGCUCCAGCGUCCCAGCGCACGGAGCGGCUGGUGCUCGAAAGCUGAAUACCUGCUGCUUUAAGCACCUCUCCCACUCUGCCUGCUCCUCUCCUCAUGCUAACAAAGACUCGGCGGCUGCUGAACUGUUCAGUCUCACAACUCCCUUUCUCCAUUUUAAUAUGCUGGUACCCCCGCUGAGAACAGGACACUGGACUUGUCUGUGGACAACGCUACACAACAAAGUGUUGGAAGGAUAACACGGGCUCGGGACUCGUUAGUCUGUGACUCAGGACACUGCCAGAAGCAGCACCAGUGUCCUCACAGUGGAAAUAGUCUUGUGGUUGCCAGAUGAAAGGAAUUUCGAACGUGACUGAUCUGAAAGCUGGAAUCUAAUACGUGCGUUAGUUUCUUGUCGUUCUCCCUUUUGUUUCGCAAAAUCAUCCGAAAAGCUUCGAUUCUAAUUUCAUACAGCGUUUAGAGACGGGAACACGUGAGCUAAAAUAAUUUUAUUUUCUCAACUAGUUGCUAAAGAAAGUCACAAUCCUGCAGGUUUUUUCUCAUCUUUUUUGUGGACUUUCAGUUCAGGCACCUUUUCUCCGAUGCUUCAUGAGUGAAGACAUUUUACGUUCUUUGUUAUUUGCAAGCCUGCGGGUCAUUCAACAUCAGUAACAGUGCUAAAAAUAUACUGAAGCCACGGUAUGUCAUUAGUAUGAGAACAAACUCCCUGUUAACGGUUUCAUUGUCAAUAGGUUGAUGUUUGUUACUGUUCCUGAUGUAUGAGAAGCUACUGAAGCCAGUCAAAACUGAGCUGUCACCAAAAUCCCAGAUGCAGAUCCUGGUUGAGAAUUCAUAUAGAAACAUCUUUGACUCUCCGAGAAUAGUGAAAGCAGAGUGCACAUGCUUUUAAAAAUUCAUUUUAAAGAGCAAGUGAAAGGCUGGUGAACAGUAGACGGUCCAGGGAGAGAAAGCGUAGAACUACUGUACUGUGCAGUGUUGUGUGCAUUUCUCCAUCAAUUGGCUUCUCGUUGUCGUUGUUUAGGAAGGUAGCUCAGUAGUUUGUCUCAUUUCUGUUUAAUUUUACUAAGCCAACUGUUAGCUGAAGCAGGAACUGGAGCAGCCUUAAAGAUAGCAACACCCCGAACUCUGGAUUCUUUCUACAUUCGAGGAAGCGGGUCAUUUUUCUUUUUCUUUUUUUUCUUUUUCUUUAAUGAUUACACAACUUCAGCUGUUGUGAGAAUUUCCACCCCCUCACCAAAAGUCUUCCGUUGGAGAUCUGCCUUCACUUUGCUGAUCAGAUGGCCAGAAAUCUGAGCCUGUUAUAGGAAAACAAACGAAGCCAUGCUGAGGCCAUACAGUAUUUAUCUAAUCUAGAUUUGAAACCUCUAUUUUUUGCCACAUUCUCCAAGAUGCUUUUGUUUUUUGUUUGUUUUUUUCAGCUCCUCAAUAUGUGCUUGUUGUAAGAAUGAUUGAGAAUGUAUCCGCCAAUACAUGUGCAUGAAAUGAACAAACUCAAAAAGGACAGCGAAGUGUUGUUUGCAGGACGGUAACGGUUUCCUACACCCACACCCCGAUGCCCACACAAAUCACAAUUGGUCUAAAACGAAACACUGGUCUACAUUGUUGAAGAUUGCAUUUUUACCAUCGCAAAGACAAAUUUAUAAGGAAAUGAAUAAAUGAUAUGGAUAUUUAAGUUA